UAUUCUAAUAAUAUGUUUUCCUUUCAGGCUGACGCCAUAACGAUAGAACCAUCUAAUGUCCCCAACUGUGUUUCAAAAGGGAAGUCAGAACAUUACGACUGCCGGAAUCACAUUCGAGUCAUACAACCAAUAGGUGAUGGUAAUCGUCUCUAUAUCUGCGGAACGAAUGCUCAUAAUCCUAUGGAUUACGUCAUCCACGCCAACCUCACUCGACUGGGAAGCCACGACUAUUUCCCAGGAAUUGGAGAUGGGAUUGCCAAGUGCCCUUUUGACCCUGAAGACAAUGCCACCGCCGUAUGGGUUGAACACGGUAAUCCGUCUGGUCUUCCUGGUCUGUACAGCGGAACCGUGGCCGAAUUUACGAAGGCAGACACUGUCAUCUUUAGGACAAACCUGUACAAUCUGACUACUGGAUAUGAACUCCACCCAUUCAAACGGACCAUCAAGUAUGAUUCCAAAUGGCUGGAUAAGCCGAACUUCGUAGGAUCUUACGACAUUGGAGAACAUGUGUACUUUUUCUUCAGGGAGAGCGCCGUUGAGUAUAUCAACUGCGGCAAGAGUAUCUACUCCCGAGUCGCCAGGGUUUGUAAGAAAGACACUGGUGGAAAAAACAUCUUAAGUAAAAACUGGGCAUCUUUCCUUAAAGCCAGACUAAACUGUUCGAUACCGGGAGAGUUCCCGUUCUACUUCAACGAAAUUCAGGACAUUUACAAGCAUCCAGAAGAUGACCAGAAGUUCUAUGCUGUAUUUACUACUUCCAUGAAUGGUUUAACGGGAUCAGCUGUCUGCACAUUCAGUUUAGAGUCCAUACAAGAAGUUUUCAAUGGUAAAUUCAAAGAACAGGCGACUUCGUCGUCAGCAUGGCUGCCUGUUCUCAGCAGUAAAGUCCCGGAACCACGUCCUGGUCUGUGCGUAAAUGACACUCAGACUUUACCAGAUUCCGUGCUUAAUUUCAUUCGUGGCCAUCCCCUCAUGGAUUCCGCUGUUGCUCACGAUAAUGGCAAGCCAGUAUUCUACAAAAGGGAUAUACAGUUGUCAAGGCUGGUUGUUGACCGCUUAGAAGUAGAUGGCCUGCCCUUUACUGUAUUUUAUGUCGCAACAAAUGAAGGAAUUAUAUAUAAGCUUGUAGAAUGGUACAACCGUGAUGGCGAAGAGCAUUCUAACCUUGUUGACAUAUUUGAAGCUACAACGCCUGAGCCAAUCAGAUCCAUGGAAAUCUCUAGCAAGCACAAGUCUCUCUACAUUUCUUCUGACUCAUUUAUCCGUCAGUUUGAUCUAAUCAUGUGCAAGGGAAGAUAUGAUAACUGCUUGCGAUGUAUACAAGAUCCUUACUGUGGUUGGGAUAAAGAUCAUAAUGAAUGCAAACCAUAUGUAACUGGCCUUUUGCAGGAUGUGACUAAUGCUACUCCCGGAAUAUGUGAUAGUAGUGUGAAAAAUAAGCCACUUCAUGUGUACUGGGGCCAAAGUGUACAUCUUGCUUGUAAUAUACACUUACCGCAAGCUGAAACUGCAGUACCGGGUGUUUCGAAGUGGUAUCGGUACAGUCGAGAAAAGGGCAAAUACGAAGUUCAGCAACGGAGAGAGAAAUAUAUCUAUACCCAAGACCAAGGACUAGUCAUAUUAUCUGUGACCGAGAGGGACAGUGGCCGUUAUGACUGCAAGCUAGGGCCUAAUACAUUAUGCAGUUACAAUAUCACUGUUGAUACCAAAACAUGUAGUGCACCAACUGAUGUAGAAUACCGAAAAGUUUAUUCUGACUGGUGCCAUGAAUUUGAAAAAUAUAAGAUGGCCAUGAAGACGUGGCAAAAUAAACAACAAAAAUGCCAGCUCACCCAUCCUAAUGAUGUCACAUAUCAGGGUAGUCCCCCUCUGUAACAGUGGAAUUUAGGAGGAUGCCGAAUUAUUAAAGACUUCUUUCUACUGCUCAAGCGACCGCCCUGCAUACUGACAGAAAAAUGAACGUCAACAAGGCUGCUCACUCUGUAAAUAAAAACACAGUUCAUUGGAAUCAUCUGUGAUGGUAUCUAAAAGGAAAAACUACUUAAUGAACUACGAAAUUAUGCCAAAGACUAUCGUAGAUGUUCCUCCAGAUGACAGAAGCACUCUUGCUGUUGAAAUGCUCAAUUACAAUGGGAAGACAUCCCUGUGCAAAAAAUAUUUGUAGAAUAUAACAUAUGGUUUUUCUGUGUGUGUGUGUAGGGCUAGUUAUGUGGAUGUCAUAUCAGGAUGCAACCUGAAAAGCUGCAAUGGAAAGGUGGUUCCUCCAAUAAAAUUUCUGUGUCAACUUGUUUAAGUUUGCAGAAUCUGAGACAGCAUCCACAAGUUUCAACUAUUUUAUUUGCAAGUUAAGCAUUCAUCAAUGUGCUUGCACAUUUUCCAAUCAGAUGAUAUUUGUAUGCUGUGAGAAAAGUAUGAAAAGAGAGCAUUGUCACUCAAACUGUAUGGGCACAAGGAACUAAAUUAUGUGGCUAUGUACAUGUGUUAUGUUUAGCCUCGAGUGAUUUCAAGCAAGUUCUUUAAGACACUGGUUUUUAUAUGUUGUGAUAAUUUCUUUUAAAAGCCAUUUACUGGCUUAUGUUCACUCUGAGACUAAUUUUAAGUUUUAAAGAGAAUAUACUGGCUGAUAUCAGCAUUUAUUCUUUAAGUGUGAAAAGUUUCAUACUUGUCAUUUUCAUGUAAAAAAAAAAAAGACUUAAUUUAUUCUUUGUCAUUUGCUUUAAAUCCGAAGAUGUACAGUUUAAGAUGAUUGCAGAAUUUGUGAACAUUUUUGUUUCUCUGUCUAAAUGAUAAACCUCUACGGUUUCAUUUUCUCAUCAUGACAAGAAUGGCUUAGUUUUGUGCAAAGUUACAAAUUUUUUAUUCCUGUUUCCAAAUGCCAUUAUUAAAAUGGUGUUUGUAAAGGGAUGAUUUUGACUGUUUUCAUGUGUAAACGUUUUUUUAAUUCUGUGUAUUUUGGAACUUAACUUCUGAAUUUAAAGUUCAUUAAUUUAUAUUUAAUUCAACAUUUUAUGCAGUUUUGUAGGGAUAAUGAAUUAUGUUAACAUAUCAAGGCCAGUAUCUCCUACUGCUUAAGAGUGCCAUUUUAAAUGUAACUUUAUAUUUGAAAUUAAAGCAGCUUGUGAAAAUAAUUCAAAUAUAGUCAUUUAGUUUUACAAAUUAUUCUCCCACUCCUACAUAAUUAUAAAAUUAAAGUUUAAAUCAGUGUUUCACAGAGUUCUACUGAUAAUGUACAUCAUAUAUGUUGCAUGAAACUAAUAUUACAAAUCGCAUUACCUUAAAUUUUAAAAUUAUAUUUCGAAAUAGGUUCUUCUGAUUACUCAUCAGUGCUAUUCUUAAAAAUAUCAGGUUAUGUAUAUCACACUUUAUGCUUUAGUGAUGAAGUUUAUAUAUUGCUUAAAAUUUACAUCUUAAGGUUUACAUAAGCUCUCAGAUUUUAUAAAUCAUUAAAUGUUAGUUUACUUUUAUCAAAUAGCUAUGUCAUUAAUUAUUCUUUAAUUUAAUUUUAGCUAUGUUCUUUAUUUCAAUAACAUUUAUAUCUUUUAGAAAUAACUAUGCAUAGUAUAGAAAAUAAUAAAAUUAAUUAUAGCCUUUUUAACUGUAAACGUUUCUGGAUACUGAAGCCACUUCCAAGUUUAAAGACUUUAUUUUCCUUUUUUGCACAUUUUGAUUCAACGGCAUGUAGGGUCAUACUUUGGUUUUUGCUUAUCAAAACACACACAGCAAAAUAAUUGAUAGCAUUAUCAAAAGAAAUUUUUUUUGCAUGAACUGCUGGUACUUUGGUAAACCCACUCAUGCAGAAUUCAAACAUAGGUACUUAUUAUAUCCCAGUCUACGGUUAUUUUCAAGUUUGAAAAAUUUUAAAUCUCUUUCAGUGAAUGUAUUUUUCAGUUUAUGAUUACACAUGAAAUUACAUCAAAAACUUUUUAUGAUUGUAGAUACGUAUUGAAUGUUUUGUUUGCCCUUAUGUAUUUCAUUUCAUAAUUUUGUUAUGUUAUUGUAUAUUGUUUAAAGUUUGCAAAAAUAAAAUUAAAUGUGUAUCAAAAUAGGUGAAUUUAUCCCAAAAUCUAAUACAUUUGUCAAAAUCUUUCAUUUCAAAAUCCCAUAGUACUUUGAGAUAUGGUAAUACUCAUUAUCAUGAUAUCUGCAAUUCGUAUUUCUAGUAGAAAAGAACAUCUUUAGUGCUCACAAAAAAGCAUGAAGAACAAAGAAUAAUGUAAGCAAAUUAAGUUCAGAAUUUACUACACAUUUAUUUUGAAACAAUCUUACAGUACAGAAGGUUUUUCACUUAAUCCCCAUAAUGUUAAUACUACUGCUAAGUGGUAUUUUAUUAGUAGGUUAAGAAUUCCAUUUACAAGUAUUUAGAAUGGGAAGGUUCGGAAAUCAAAAUAGAUUAAGGCAAUAGUGGUAAUUUAAAAUUUGUAACUUACGUUUUUCUGCUAUUAUACCUUUUAUAUAAUAUUGUUUAAAUUAUUAUGUAGUGUUGUUAAAAAAACAAAUAAUUUUUAUAAAAGCACAAAUAACAACUAAUUGAAUUAUUAAUAAUCUAAUAAGCAUGUAUUAUACUUUUUGCUUUAUUAUUUACACCCAAAAAUCAGUUUUGUAUAUAAAAUUAUAAUAGUUAGCUAUAAAAAUCAUAGCUAUAAACUUUUGUAUUGAGUAUCGAAUGUAUUAAUUUUGUACCUAAAUUUGACAAAUUUUUGCUAAAUUAUACAAAUGUUAACAUAUAUAUGAAAUCAUAGUUAAAUAUUCAUUUUCAUCGUUUUAUAAUUUUUUUAAAUAUAGUAUCUUAAAAUAAUUGCAUCGUUAAAAAAGUUGUUUUUGCAUUGAAGCUUUUCUUUUAAUUUGUUUAAUUAUCUUUUGAAUUAUAACUAUUAUAAAACUGAUGUCGCUUGAAAAUUAAAAAAAUUAUAUCUGUUCUAAUUUAUCUACAGAUUAACAUGAAUGGAUAACAAAACUAAGCAGUGAAUUUAUUUUCCUUUGUGAAUGGUUUUUUUAUUAUGAAGAACUGAAAAAAAAUCUGUGUUUUUAACUUUUUCCUAUGUGAAAAUGAUGUAUUGUUUCCUACAAAAAGCAAAUAUCAAUAUAAACAUAGAACAAAAUACAAACUAAAGAAAGGCUUGGUCUUGGAAUAUUUAUGUAAUUGUUUUCAUUUUACAUGGUAUUUUUGAGAAAUCUAUGCAAUAGCUUUCUCCUCAUAUAAAAAUUGUCUAAUUGUAAUAUGUGCGAUAGAUGUUUUGUAUCAUCUGUAAGUUAACAAUCUAUAAUAACUCGUGCAGAAGAAAAUAAAGACUCCAAUAUACGUGGAACAUAAAAUUAUAAAACAUUUGAUUUGCUCAUUUCAUGCUGUUAAUGGAUAAAAUAAAGAUUUUAACAUUUUUUUUAAA